GCAAAAAAUCCCCCCUCCCUCUCCUCUUCCCCGCUAACGAACCAAAUCCUUUUAUCCCCCCCAUCGGAAUCCCCCAAAUUGGAAGCCCUAAUUCGCCAUGGAUUUCGACUAACUUAUCUCACCAAUGGAUCCUUCAGAUCCUAACCAGAUCCCGGAUGAUGGAGGAGGAGGAGGAGGAGAGGAAAAGCGAGCCCUCAGGAUCUUGACUCGUUGCGGUUGCGGCAUCAUUUUGUCGCUGGGGCUCUCGGUCUUUUUCUCUCUCGCCUUGGUUCUCGCGGCGAUCGGGAUCGGGAAUUUGACGGCGAAGUCUCCGGUCUCGGUUCCGGCGAUUUGCAGGAUCGUCUCCAGCAGUGUAGAUAUUAGGUCGUCUAAAGUCUGUGAACUUGGACUUCUGAAUUAUAGAGCUAAGAAUGUUCUUUACCCUCUGGGCAAGGGGAAGAAAAGAUAUCGAUGUCAUGAUGAUUACUAUUGGGCUUCGGUGUUUGAGGUAGAAUAUAAAGAAUAUUUUUCUGGUCAAGUACUGCAGGCAGUGGCAGAGGCUCCUAAAGAGGCCCUUCCUCUUGACUGUAGGCCCAGCUUUGGUACUGCAUGGUCCACAAAAAUGAAGUUCAAGGUGAAUGAAACCUACAACUGCAGAUAUACUUUGGGAAGCCGCAAAGCUGACAUCUGUCCUGACAAUCUUUUCAAUUGUCAAUCAAAGGACCCAUCUGUGACAGAAUUGGUUAGAAGAUUCUUCAUACUGUUUAUGAGAUCAGUCAUCUUCGAUAAGGACAGUACCGGGCUCAAGGGAGUAUAUGCAGUGGCUGGCACAAUUUCAGGCGUGCUAUUUGGCAUAUGUUUCGUGAUCCUCCUCAAAACCCUACAAUCCUCCGUUCUCUCUCUCAUCAAACGGUGGAAAGCUCGAAAGCACCAGCUCCAAUCCUUUGCUGUUGGAUUGAGGCGAGCAUGUCUCCUGGUUGCAUAUUUCUGUGCUGCGGCUUGGCUGAUGUUGGAGUACGGCAAAAUGAUUGGGCUUAAACAGUUUUCUUUGAAGGCUAAUCUUGCUGAGAGAACUGUAUAGUGAUGUGUUGUGUAUAUUAUCCAUUGAUGUAUGUAUAAUAUCAGUGUCAGUUCCUCCGUGUUUACAUGAAAAUGGCAACCAAGUUGAGGGGCACGAGUUUGAGAAUAUGGAUGAGAUGGUGAUUUAUCGAAGAGUGAAUCAUAUUGUUAAACUAGUAGUUCUGUUAGUGAGCAAUUAUAGUGAUUAA